AUGAAUAAUCUGAAUAGAUAUUCAGUCGAAUCAUCAACAUCAUCAUCCUCAACAUCAUCGUCACAAUCAAAUAAUAAAAAAAUUACAUUUUUACAAAGAAAAUCAAAAUUAUCAUUUUGUUCAACAUCGCAUAUACCCAAAUCAGCUACACUUGACAUGUUCAAUAUUGAAGAUAAAAACAAAAUCGUUCCAUUAUCUUGUACUGUUGCUACUACUACUACUACUACUACUAAUAUUAAUAAAAACAAUGACAAUUAUCAAUCAACACAAUCGUUAAAUCCUCAGUCAAGAGUAAUGUUUCGAACAACAUUGAAUCCACCAAUUGCACGUGUAUCACCGAUUAGUCGUUUAGAUGUAAAUAAUACGAAUAUUAAACCAUCAAUGAUAGAUUUAUCAACAAAAACAAUGAAACAACAACAAGAAUGUUGGAUGAGUUGUGAAGAAUUGGAAACAAUUGAAAAACGUUUUACCGAUUUAUUAGAAGGAAAUCAAACAGAUACAUCUAUCACAUCUAAUCGAGCAAAAAGUUGUGAAAGAUUAAGAUCAACGAGCGACGAUGAUGAUAAUAAUUAUGAUAUUUACAAGGACGAACAGUGUUCAACAAACCCUCGUAAAUCAUUGAUAGACGAUUAUUCAGUAAAAAGAAUAGUUGAAUAUCAUCCUGCAAAUGUGUUACUUAACAAUGAUACUCAGACAGUUCUGCAUCAUUCGAAACAGCUAUCUCAUUUAACUAAAACAGAUAAUAAUGAUUUUGUAGUAAGUGAUCAAGAUGUUUACAUUGUCGAAUCGUCCUACAAGUCUAUUGGUUCAAAAGUAUAUGUAUGCAAAUGUAUUGUCGAACUGUUUAUAACAACGGCCGAACGUCUUUCAAAAUUAGAAGAUUGGAUAUUUUUUCAACGUGGUUUACCUGUUUGGUUAUUUAAUACAGGAAUUAAUCCUAAACGAUUGAAAUGUUUAUCUAUUGUAUUAGCCGAAAAAGGUUCCGGUUUUCCUAUAUGGCAAGAUAUCAUUACAAAUAAAAGUGAUAUCAAAUAUGCUCGUGAUCAACAUAUUACAUUUCGUUUAUCAGAUCAAAAAACAUUAGCCGUAUUACGUUUUACAAAUUUUCAACAAUCAAAAGAAUUUUUCAAUUAUUAUGUACAACUAAAAAAUGAUCGACGACACGUCAACUUAUUUCAGUCAACAGGAAAAUUGUCAUCAUCAUCUGUUGAAACUUAUCAAAUUCGUAGUGGCAAUAACCUGAAAAAUCGUAGUGCAUCAUGUGGUGCCGUUCUUAAUAAACGUGUUAGUAAAUCAUCGAUUAGUAAUCCAUGUUGUUUUCAACAUAUUACACAAAUUCAAUUAGCUGAUCGACAGUUAUUAACUACUCUAAGCAGAUGUUUACCACCAUCCAUUGAUAUUUAA